AUGCCUCCUGGGAGUGAAGCGAUAGUACCUGUGAGGGACAAGUUGAAGAUGGACAGCGAGUACUUGUCACUCAUGGAGGAACUGGGAGAGUCCACUCCGAAACCAGUGGGUGCAGACAUAAACACCAGCAAUAUCAAGCAAGAGAACACUCCCCCACCAAGUGGUCCUAGACCAGGUGGAUACAGACCAGGAGCACCCCCUCACCCAAGUGCAUGGGGACCAAAUCCUCCCCCAGGUAUGGGAGGACCGCCACCCCCGGGAUUCCGAGGACCACCACCUCCAGGUGCGUGGGGACCCCCACCUCCUCCUGGACCAUACGGUCAUGGUCCACCACCAGGACCGCCGCCUCCUGGAUACAUAGGACCACCACCUCCAGGUCCUCCGCAUGGAUACGGAUACCCACCACCAGGACCCCCUUAUGGAGGACCAUAUCACAUGGGGGGACCUCCUCCACCACAUGGAGUGAUGCCCCCACCCAACGGAGCCCCGCCUAGAGGACAUUGGGGACCACCUCCCAUGAACAACGGCAUGGCUCCCCCACCACCUCCACCGAUGGGAGGAGGGGGACCCCAUCAUCAGAACCCCUACGGAGCACCACCGCCUCCUCCGCCACCGAGAUAAAAAGAAAAGAAACUCGUAGUUUGGAUGGAAUUUUAUGUAUAGACUAUUUUUACAUGUGACUGAACCGAUAUGUAUUCACUUGUUUGCUGAGUUUUGAUAUUGUAUGUGCAUCAAAUUAAACUUCGUAUUGUUC